AUGUUUGUGUUUUGGUCUGUCGUCACUUCCUGUUGGGUGCUUUACGGGAUCCACCUCAAGCAGGACAGUGGCGUGGGUGGGGACAGGGGUGAGGGCCGGGGUGGGCGUGGCUUGUACAGCGUGCUGGGGCAGUUUGGAGGUGAGGCGAACACGUCAUGGCCUGAUGGUGCUACGUCAGUCAACUGGACGGGAGAUGGCCAUCCUGAUGUACAGCUAGAUGGCCAACAGCUAGAUGGCCAUCCUGAUGUAGAUGGCCAUCCUGAUGUAGAUGGCCAUCCUGAUGUACAAUGGCCUGUGGCCAAUGGCCCAAGAAAAGAUCUCACAGACUUCAAACCAGGCCACCACGUGACUGAGCUAGAGAAGCCUCUAGAGAAAAUCAUGCCAAAGCUCCGCCCUCCCGUCCCGUACCAACCGGCUCCCGUCAUACACCAACCGGCUCCCGCCCAGCACAAUCCGGCUCCCGUGAUCCACCAGUAUGCCGAAGAUGUGGAGGAACAGUGGAGCGACUUGAUACGGCGUCGGAUGGAGACAGGAGCCGGAUCAAACUCAGACGCUUCAAAACUCGACCGGCUAAAUAACGCUCCUGCCGGUCCCAGGGACCCAGCUGCCGGCCUCAAGUACCCAGCUGCCGGCAACAUCACGACGCCAUUGAAUGACGAUUUGACAUCACUGAUUGGGAAACUCAAAGAGCUGGAAGAAAAAAACUCACGGCAACAGACUUUCCCUGCCGGUAAAGACCGGAAAAUUCCGGUUGCACCUGAUGUGCCCGCGUAUGUGUAUAGAAACCUCCACUGGACGAUCAGAGAGAGGGGGAGGUACAGCCCCCUGCUGUACGCCCCACCAGCACACGAACAGCCCACUCAGCGGCUGCCUCAGGCCAUCAUCAUCGGUGCAGGGAAGUGCGGUACGCGUGCACUGAUCAACUUUCUGGACAUGCACCCGUACAUCGUGACGGCGAGAGCAGAGAUUCACUUCUUCGACGUGGAUGAGAACUUUAGGAGGGGCCUGGGCUGGUACCGGCACCAGAUGCCACUGUCCUACACCAACCAGGUUACCAUGGAGAAGACGCCAUCUUACAUCUGGAGCGGGAGGGCGGUGGAGGAGAUCUACAAAAUGAACCGUGACGUCAAGCUGAUCGCUGUCAUCAAAGACCCAGUCAGCCGUGUCGUCUCACAGCUGGCAAAGAGUCCAAAGAUGAACGCGGAGUCGCUGUUUGUGACGCAGGAAGAUGGCGUCACACGAGUCGAUGACGCGAGUCGGACGGUGGACUGGGGCGUCUAUGUCAAGUACUUCAAGCUGUGGCUGUCUCGCUUUCCGCUCACUCAGAUCCACGUCUUGUCUGGCGAAGACCUAGUGUCCCACCCCGCCCGCGAGGUGCAGAAGAUCGAGAAGUUUCUAGGAGUCCCCGCCCGACUGACCGAGCGGAACUUUGUGUACAACAGGAGCAAGGGCUACUACUGCAGGCGGCCUCUCCACACGGACCUGGUCCAAUGUCUGGGGAAAGGUCACUCCCACCCCGACCUCGAGCCUCGUUUUCACUCACUGCUCUACGACUUUUAUAAACCCCACAACGAGGCUCUGUUUGAUUUGUUGGGCCGGCGAUUUGAUUGGUCAGCUCGAGCUGCUAAUAAACCAUAAACAGAGAGACACCCACUAGCCGGGUCAUUGACUGGACACGGGGUGAUGGACGGGUCACACCAUACAACAUAUGAACGGGUCAUCCAACAAACUUUGCUGUGCUGCACGUUUCAACCAUAUUCACCCAACACGAGAACAGCCACAGGACAGCUGGCGACAGCCACAGGACAGCAACACAGGGCUGUUGGAAGGAUUGUAGGAAAAAAGUCACAGGAAAGAAAAAAAUCAAUUUAAUUCAAGUUAAUUCUUUUAUGUAUAAUAUAUUCAGAGAGUGCAAAUCAACUUAUGAUUAAUUUUAUGUAAUGUUUGUAGGUUGUAUAAGUAUAGUAAUUUUUAUAACACAUCUAAAAAUAUUUAGUGUGAAGUAUGUAGAUUGUAACUAUGUUAGACAUAAUAUAAAUCAAUAGAAUGUUCCAACGUUCUCGGUUUUCAUCGUGUUUUGUUUUUUUAAAUACUAACAUUA